AUGGCAUGGCUUAUCGGCGCGUGUGUGUUCUCAGCAGUGACUGUCAUCUGGUUCUAUCUGAGGAGAAAAAUACGCGGCUUUCUGGCGGUCGACAGGAGCCCUCCGAGUCUGCCUGCUCUUCCCAUCAUCGGGAGCAUUCUCAGUCUGCACAGUGACAGCCCUCCUCACAUCUUCUUCCAGCAGCUGCAGAAGAAAUACGGAGAUAUUUACUCCCUGAAAAUGGGCUCCCAUAACGUCCUCAUCAUCAACAACCACCUCCACGCCAGAGAGGUCCUGCUGAAAAAAGGCAAGACCUUUGCUGGGAGACCCCGCACUGUUACCACAGACCUGUUGACCCGGGAUGGGAAGGACAUAGCCUUUGGAGACUACAGUGUCACAUGGAAGUUCCACAGGAAAGUGGUGCAUGGAGCCCUGUGCAUGUUUGGAGAAGGGGCUGCCUCGAUCGAGGAGAUAAUCUCCAGAGAGGCCAGCUCGAUGUGUGAAGUUCUGACUGAGAUGCAGAGCACAGCUGUAGAUCUGGCUCCAGAGCUGACCCGGGCGGUCACAAACGUUGUCUGCUCCCUGUGUUUCAGCUCCUCCUACAAACGUGGGGAUGCUGAGUUUGAGUCUAUGCUUCAGUACAGCCAGGGCAUCGUGGACACGGUUGCAAAGGACAGUUUGGUGGAUAUCUUCCCCUGGCUGCAGAUAUUUCCUAAUGAAGACCUAAGAAUCUUGAAGCAGUGUGUUUCAAUCAGAGACAGAUUACUUCAAAAGAAGUAUGAGGAGCACAAGGCGGACUACAGCGAUAACAUUCAGCGGGAUCUGCUGGAUGCGCUGCUUAGGGCCAAACGCAGCUCAGAGAAUAAUAACACCAGCACCCAGGGUGUGGGUCUGACCGAUGACCACCUGCUCAUGACGGUGGGAGAUAUCUUUGGAGCAGGCGUAGAGACAACCACUACUGUCCUGAAAUGGUCCAUUGCUUAUCUAAUUCACUAUCCUCAGGUGCAGAAAAAGAUUCAAGAGGAACUGGACAUUAAGAUUGGGAGGGACAGACACCCCCAGCUCAGUGACAGAGGAAACCUGCCGUAUUUGGAGGCGACCAUAAGGGAGGUGCUCCGAAUCCGUCCCGUGUCUCCUCUUCUGAUUCCCCACGUGGCUCUCAAAGACACCAGCAUUGGAGAGUACACCGUGCGGAGAGGGGCGAGGGUCAUCGUUAACCUGUGGGCUCUGCACCAUGAUGAAAACGAAUGGAAAAAUCCAGAACUCUUUGACCCUGGGCGUUUCCUGGACGAGGAGGGCCGCGGCCUGCGCUAUCCGUCCGCCAGCUACCUCCCCUUCGGCGCCGGGGUGCGGGUGUGUCUGGGCGAAGCCCUGGCGAAGAUGGAGCUCUUCCUGUUCCUGGCGUGGAUCCUGCAGCGUUUCACCCUGGAGGUGCCGCCCGGGCAGCCGUUGCCCGAGCUACGGGGCAAGUUUGGCGUGGUUCUCCAGCCCCUGAGGUAUGAGGUGAAGGCGAGACUGAGGGAAGAGUGGAAAAAGCAGCAGCAGGUUCUUCAGUCAAAGGAUGUGAAAUGA